UGUUUCUGUGUGCAAUGAUCAUUGCUAUCCUGGCAACAGCCGAAAAAAGAGGGAAGGAGAGUUAUUCUGCUGCUAUGAUUGCACUCCAUGCUCAGAAGGGAUGAUCUCUGACCAGAAGGACAUGGACACCUGUGUCAAUUGCCCUGAAGAUCAGUAUCCCAACAAGGACCAAACUGAGUGCAUUCCAAGGGUCCCAAACUAUCUCACUUACAAAGAAUCUUUAGGGAUCAUCUUAGCUAUCUUGAUUAUUUCUUUCUCUUUGAUCACAAUUUUAAUACUGGGAACUUUUAGGAAGCACAACGAGACUCCCAUUGUCAAAGCCAACAAUCAGACCCUCACUUACACCCUCCUCGUCUCCCUCCUCCUUUGCUUCCUUUGUUCUUUGCUUUUCAUUGGACAGCCUGGAACGAUGACCUGCCUUCUCCGACAGACAAUUUUUGGCAUUGUGUUCUCUGUGGCCCUUUCCAGCGUUUUAGCAAAAACCAUCACUGUGGUUCUGGCAUUCAUGGCAACCAAACCAGGAUCCAGGAUGAGAAAAUGGAUUGGGAAAGGACUAGCAAAUUCAAUUGUCCUUUCCUGCUCCUCUAUUCAAGCUGGUAUUUGCACAGUUUGGCUAUUUGUUUCUCCUCCAUUCCCAGAUGUGGACAUGCAGUCAUUGAAUGGGGAAAUCAUCCUGGAAUGUAAUGAGGGUUCACCUACCAUGUUUUACUGUGUCUUGGGCUAUAUGGGUUUCCUGGCCAUUGUCAGCUUCAUUGUUGCUUUCCUGGCUAGGAAGUUACCUGACAGUUUCAAUGAAGCCAAAUUCAUCACUUUCAGCAUGUUGGUAUUUUGCACUGUUUGGUUAUCCUUUGUUCCAACUUACCUGAGCACCAAAGGAAAAUACAUGGUGGCUGUGGAGAUCUUCUCCAUCCUGUCCUCUAGUGCUGGAUUACUGGUUUGCAUCUUUUCCCCAAAAUGCUAUAUCAUUGUGCUGAGGCCAGAACUGAACAACAGGGACCAGCUAAUAAGGGGGAGAAAAUGA